UCUGCACCUGCGGGUGAGCACUGCGCACGCAUCCCUACACCGGAUGCACAGUGGGGACGGCGGGAGUGCUCCUGAAACUGGGAGAGGUUCCUCAAGAUGUCAACCUCAGUCCCACAAGGCCAUAACUGGACUCGCCCGGUGAAGAAGGAUGAUGAUGAGGAAGACCCGCUGGACCAGCUCAUCACCCGGUCUGGCUGUGCAGCCUCCCACUUUGCAGUGCAAGAGUGCAUGGCCCAACACCAGGACUGGCGCCAGUGCCAGCCGCAAGUGCAGGCCUUCAGGGAUUGUAUGAGUGCACAGCAGGCAAGACGGAGGGAGGAGCUGCAGAGGAGGAAAGAGCAAGCCAGUGCUCAACACUGAGACCUUAUACCAUCUCACACAGUGGGCCUGACGAAAUCAGCACCCAGAGAGACCUGGGAAGAAGAAACCCUAAGUAAUAGAAGUGGUGUAAAAUCUGGGGACAGUCUUCGGGACAGGAUUGACAGCCAGACCCAAUGAGGUUGCACACGACGGUCACCAUGAGCUGAUCUAUGGUCAGAUCACACAUAUCCUCCACAUUCUUGUUCUACCAAUAUUUGUGUUUACAACCACACUCCCUCCACCCUACCUCUCAGUGACUGUGUGCCAAGUACUUUAUAAGUACAUACGGGUUGCCCAAUCAGGCCUUCAUUUUCCAAUCACAAAUUUAACCACAGGAAGUGUUUCUAAGGCAUUGCGUUGGCGAUGUGCAAUUCGAAGAGUAACGUGACCUUCCCGUUGCUGAGAGACUCAGGGGACAGGCAGAAAUAAAGCAACACUCAAAGGAGUGAACUCGGUUUCCGCAGUGACAUAAGUGCCUCUAUCUUUCCUCACUUCUUCAGUGUAAUGGGUCGGGGGAGCUAGUAGGGAAACACCCUCUUUUUCUUUUUAAAGACAGAAUCUGUGUAGCCCAGACUGAUCUUAGACUUACAUUAGCCAAGGAUGACCUUAAAUGCAUGAUCCUUCUGCCUCCACCCCCAAAGACUGAGAUUACAGGCAUGUGACACCACAUCUGUCAGGGAAACAUUUUCUUUUCAUAGUCUGCCCCUCACCAAACCAACACAAAGCUUGUCUGACAUUUUGGAAGUAUGUUUAACAUUAAAAUACAGACUAUGACCUUUAGAAAAUGGAGCCACUAUCAACACAGAGCUAGUUUGGCAGUACUGACAGUGCCUUCUCUCAGUGUGUUGUGUCCUGCUUCUAACAGCAACAGUUGCUUCCCACCACCCCCUUUUCUUUGAGUCAGGGUUUAUUUUUGUAGCUCUGGCUUCCCUGGUACUUACUUUGUAGGCCAGGCUGGAAUUGAGCUCACAGAGCUCUGCCUGCCUCUGCCUUCUGAGCACAAGGAUAAAAGGCACAUGUUAUCACA